AUGGACCGCCAUACAUCAGUGUCUCUCGGGACGCCAGCACCAUAUGGACAAGCUUGUGCUAACUGUGUCCGGUCCAAAUGCAAGUGUAUCAUCCGCCAUGCUGGUGGACCUUGUGAGAGGUGCCGUCGCUUAGACAAUGAGUGCCGCCCAGCAGAGUCAGUUCGACGUCGGAGUCGGCGGAAGCCUGUGGUGUCCAGGACAGCACGACUCGAGGAAAAGCUAGAUGGCCUCGUGUCAUUGAUUAAGGCUGGAGCGCAAUCUAGUGGGGUCGUGAAAACACCUCAUGAAAUGAUUGUAGAAAAUUCUUCGCCUCGUGGCACUUAUCAUCCUGUAGCAGUCUCGACACCUCCCACUGAUGGUUCCACGGGCUCUCCGUACAGCCUUCAACCAUAUGGCUUCUUGGACACAGACUUCGAACCCUCUCCAGCCGACGCAGAGUCAUAUCUUAUAAAUUUCCAGACCUACAAAUCCAAAUACUUCCCGUUUAUUUAUAUCCUACCUACAACAAGGGCGCAAGACCUCCGACAAGAGCGACCGUUUCUAUGGCUUUGCAUAAUGACAGUCGGCUCAAAAUCAACAUCACAGCAACAAGUUUUGGGUACCCGAAUCCGACAAACUGUAGCGCAAGAAAUGGUCAUUGAGUCCGAGAAGAGUAUCGAUCUCCUGUUAGGACUUCUAACAUUUUGCUGGUGGGCUCACUACCAAGUGGGUACGAAAGGAUUCCUGGGUGUUUUUACUCAACUCGCGAUAUCCUUGGUCUUUGACCAAGGACUUAAUAAACAAGUCCGUAAAGACUUCCGUCCGCUGGUCUGCCUGAAGGCGAACUAUUCGAGGGCACCUACACCUCGGACCAUGGAGGAGCGGAGAGCUGUGCUGGGUUGCUUCUUGGUUACAUCAGUAAUAUCCUCAUUCGUUCAAAAAAUCGAUGCACUUCGUUGGACACCGCAUUUGGAUGAAUGUCUUCAAGUCUUAGACGAAGCAAAAGAAUGUUUCAGCGAUGGGAUUUUAGUCCAGCAAGUGCGAUUGCAAUUAAUAACUGAGCGAGUGACUCGGGCUAUAUUGGAUGACGGAGUAUCAGAAACUACGAAACGUGCCAUGAAGCCCACGUCUUUCUGUCUCGAAGUCUUCCAAUCGCAACUGCGUGACAUUAAAACCGAGCUUCUCGCUCAACCUCAAACGGAUGAUGCGGUGUUGUUUCAUCUUUACAACGCAGAGCUAGAAGUCUCCCUUCCACUCACGUUUCUCCAUGGAACAACACUUCAGCCACGGAAAUCUGUCGAUCCAGGCGUUCGGGCAAUAAAGUCAUGGUUUGACACCCUUUUUGCGAUACCAGUAGCCACCUACGCUGGGUUGCCCUUCUCCAUACUCUCGCAACUGGUCCGCUGCCUAGUUACGCUCUCUCGGCUCAUAAGUCAAGUCGAUUCUGGCUGGAUGGAGAACAGUAUUUGGACAACCGCGGAUGCGCUCUCCACGAUGAAUCGUGUGAUUGACAACUUCGAACAAGUUGCGGAACUCGCUGGGCUGGAUAAUAGUGGCUUCCCGGAAGGAGACCUAUUCUUUCGAACAGCACAGAUGUUUCGUACCAUUCGGCCAGGCAUGGAGACACAUUUGGUCCAAGAUGACUUACUAAAUAUUCCUCCUUCGCAGAGUGUCAAUGGAAUGUUUUGUCCUGACAACAUUCCUGUCAUGGGUUCUGACGACGAUUGGCUCAUGGACCUUCUCCUUUCUUCAAAUAAUUAACACUUAUGUAUUAUCUUGAACGCGGCCGCCGCACAAGAAUGAUACAUUUUUAUGAGGAAUUUCUUCCCGUUGGGAAAAUCAUUCGGCGUGUAUAGAUGAACCAGCAAUUUCGGGGCUGGAACCGAUGUGGAAUAGUAGACUUAGUGGUUCAUAUUACGAAUACUUG